UUUAGCAAAAGCUAAUUCAAAAACGCCAACUGCUACAACCGUAGAGCAAAAAUUUAACUUUGACAUUAUAAUUUACAGGUUCCAGAAAACCCUUAAAUAUUUAAUUCACGUUUAUAUCUGGUUCUCUGUUUGUCAACUAAAUAUUUAGUUUCAAGCUAAAAGUGUAUUAGCAAGUUAAAUAUUUAGCAUGAUGUUAAAUAUUUGGCACACUAACUGAAUAUUUAGUUUGGAGAUAAAUAUUUAGCUGAAUAAUUAGCUACGUAUUUAGUUGGAAGUUAAAUAUUUGGUUUCAAGCUAAAUUUUUAGCUCCAAACUAAUUGUUUAGUUUAAAGCUAAAUUUAAUUUCUCGCUAAAUAUUUUUGUCUGAGACUAACUAGCAUGGAAGCUACAUGAACAUUUGAAGCUAAGUGUUUAGCAUCGAAGCUGAAUAUGUUGUUGGUAAUCUAAAUGUUUAGUUUCAAACUGACAUUUGAAUUAAAAUAGGGCUUUGUAGUAAACCUGCAUUUUAUUCUCCUACAGGCUAAAUAACCCAAAUUAUUGCGGUUAAUUUCUGACCUUUAUGAUUGGCUUCCCGCAGAGUUCUGCUUUAUCACACCUGGCUCAGGUGACUGACGGCAGGAACCUACAGUUUGAGUCCCGGCCCUUUAAGAAACGCCUGCAGGAGGAAUGAAGGCUUCAUGUCCUUUAGUUUCACUUUUUUUUCUUUUAGCUGUUUAUUAGCAUUUUUCACAUUUGUUUACAUACAUAAUGCGUAUGAACAAUUCACAUUCAACAUUAAAUAACAUAAAACUUUUGCUUGGGAGCCAGUCCUCUGUGACCUUUGCCCCCUCCAGUUUGUCCAGUUCUUUCUCUGUUUUUGGUUGCUCUCUUUUGUCUUGAUUAUUGUUCAUUUCAUCCAUUUUUCUUCCGUUUGUGCUUCAGAGUCUCAAACCAUGAUUUUUCCAUGUGGACUCCUUCAUAUCCGCCUGAUGUGUUUUCCACAUAUCGAACGUCUGCAGUCAUCAUGCUAAGCUCUGAUUCCCGCUUUUCUUUUAUAUACUUAGUUGAAUGUUUCCUCAGCAUCAGAUUUUGAUAUUGAGUAAAAAUGAUUUUCAUUUUUGCUGCACUGAAUGAAUUUAUCAGUUUGAAUCACAGACGGAUCCCACCUGAUGUAUCUCCUGUAAUAGUCUCUCAGUUGCAGGAAUCUGUGAAAUUCAUGAUUAUGUAAAUUAUACUCGUCCUUUCUGAAAACGUCUUUCUGAAGGGCGCACCAUCCUGUGACAACUCGGUUAUUAAUCGAAAACCUUUUAUCAAACAUUGCUAGUUUAACUUUUAAACAAGUCAGUUUGUGUGCGACAUCUGGAGUUUGCUUUAAUACCUGAGGCUAAAUAAACCUCAGAUAUAGUUGACCAGUAUAGAAGCAGAUGGUUAACCGUUUCCUCUGCUGAGUGGACCAGGUGUGGAAACGCUGCCCCCUGCUGGCAGCUUCCAGUAAACUUCAGUGAAAAACAAAUAUUUAAUUUUUACUUUCAGUUCAUAUCAGACUGGUCUGUCCUGGUGAACCAGUGUGUGUGUGUGUGUGCCCUGCAUGCACCACAUUGCUGUGUUUUUCCCUCUCAAGAUGGAAACAGCCAGUUUGUUAGUAACUCUGUCCUUGUUGACGUCCUGCUGGGUUUUUCGUUGUCUCCCCCUGGUGGCCGCUGCAGGAGAACUGCGGCUCAGUCGCCAGUUUUGUUAGGAGUGCGUUGAGCGGCAGCGCCCCCUCCAGGCACCUGGAUGACGUCACCAUCCCUGACUUCCCUGAAGUGGAGGACAGAGACUUUGACAAGAGUUUCUUCUUCUCUGGUCUGGUUGUUUCUGCCUCAGGGACCUCGAGCCGCUUCGGCCCUUACGGCGGCGACCCUCGCCUCGGUGGGCGGGACUUCCUCCCGGCGAGGCAGCGGGGAGACGGCGCUGACGGUGGACGCCGACGGCUCCAUCCGGGAAAUCAAGGAGAUCCAUGAGCUGAAAGAUCAGAUCCAGGAUGUGGAAACAAAGUACCAGCAGAACCUGAAGGAAGCGAAGGAGGCGCUGGCGGAGGUGGAGGAGAAGUACCGUAAGGCCAUGGUGUCCAACGCCCAGCUGGACAACGAGAAGAACAACCUGAUGUACCAGGUGGACACGCUCAAAGACUCGCUGAUGGAGCUGGAGGAGCUGCUGUCCGAGUCGCGCCGCCAAUACGACGACAAGCUGAAGGAGUUUGAGCGGCAGAAACACAACCACAGCGUUCUGCAGUUCCAGUUCGACGAGCUGAAGGAGACAUUGAAGCAAAGCGAAGAGCUGCUGAACGAAAUCCGCCAGCUGCGGCUGAAGCAGGACGGUUACGUUAGAGAAAUAUCCGAUCUCCAGGAGACGGUGGAGUGGAAGGAUAAAAAGAUCGGGGCGCUGGAGCGGCAGAAAGAAUACUCGGACGCCAUCCGCUUGGAGCGGGAUGAGCUCAGGGAGGAGGCGGUGAAGCUGAAGGAUAUUCUGAAGAAACACGGGAUAGUGCUGGGACCGGACCUGAACAUCAACGGAGACGCCGGGCCGUCGGAGGAGGACGGGUCAGCUGGAGCGGAGCCGCGGCCGGCCCAGGAGACCCAGCCAGCUGCCGCUGAAGGAAACGGCGUCCUCGGCAGCACAGAGGAGUUGAGGGCUUGCAGAGAGGAAGACGUGGCUCCAGAGCAGCAAGAAGAAACACUGGAGGACGUCAAAGAGAAUCACUUGAGCUGCGAUGAACUGGCUCCAGAAGCCCAGACCUGCUUUCCCUCUGAGGAAACUCACCUCCACGGUCAAAUAACUGCAGAUCCGGUUGAUCAUCCAGAUCCUAAAGUGAAAGCCGUAAUCGUUGUCAGCCAAGAUCUUCAGCAGAUCCAGACAUCUGGAGAAAUGGAAACAUCUGAGGUUGAUUCCAUCAGUCAUCCAGGUUUAACCCAAAGUACCGGCACUGAAGCAGCUGGCGGUGACCUUUCAGGAGGUCAAGAAAGUAAACAGGAAGUUGUUACGACAGAACCUUUAGGGAAACAAGCUGUUCCAGUUGGACUGAACUCAGAACCUCAACAAGAGCCUGAGGAGGCAGAAAACGACGAGGCUGAGGAAACGGCGAGUACGUCCCAGGCUCAGGUCUCCACCGCGUCAGGGAAGAAGAAGAAAAGGAAGAAGAAGGGAAAGAAAAAAGGUGGACCUCAUGAAAACAAAGACCAACAAAAAGCUGGAACCGAGAAGCAAAACGAAAAGACCAGUAAGGAUUCAGUCGUACAGAAUAACGGGCUCACAGCAGAACAGGAUACCAGUGGGUCCACUGCUAAACCUCAAGACAACCAAGAACCUGAGAAAGUAGAACAUCUGGAACCCUCUGAAAAUGUUUCUACCAAAGAAAAUCUGCAAGAACCGAACACAGAUCCGGGUUCAGAAGGUCACAACCAAGAAAAAACUACAGAAGGAGCUGAUGGUCUGGGAUCAACCCAGGAGCCUCGUCUUGGAGUGGAGAUGGUUGAUGACACGCAGAACCAGGAAUGUGAAGAUCCAGAAAAGCCAAAUGAAGGUUCUGCUGUUGAAUCCCUCAAGGAAUCUGAAAUAACUGGUUCUGAUCAAGAAGGGAAUCUCGUCACAUGUAAGAGCAAAGAUGAUCCUGAUUUGAGUGAAGAUAUCCCUGCAAGAGAAAACGCCUCAGGUCUCCAACAGUCAACCACAGAUCAUGUUUCAGGAGAUGAAGGGAAAACCGGAAACACUGAGAUGUUGGAACAAAGUGAUACUGUGGGAUCUUCUGAAAUAUCUUGUCACAUCAGAACAAGAGCAGAGCUUUCUGAGGACGAACAGAACAAGGAAACAUCUCCAACAGCCAAAGAAACUGCAGAACCCCCUGAAGGAUUCCUCCAAGACGAACCACUGGAAGAAUCUGAUCCAGGGUCCAAGAUGGUUGAAGGUGAUGCUAGAGAAACAAAUCUGCCCUCAAACAAAGACAUUGAAGGUCCAAACAAACACCUUCCAUCAUGUGACGAUACUGGCACUACCCCAGCCUUCCAGGAACCCGACAAUGAUCACGUUUCAGGAAACCAGGAAGAGGAAACUUUGACAUUCAAGAUGCUAGAAGAAGCUGAUGCUGUGGAAUCACCUGAAACUCCAGAUGAGGAGCUUGUUCAGGUUCUGCAGAACCAGGAAGAAACUUCAGGACCAGAGAAACAUGAAUCAAUGCUGCAAACCACAGAAACUUCUCAAGCUGAAACAAUCAAGGGACCCAAUGAGUCUGAAACGGCUGAAGAUGUUAAAGAGAUGGAGUCUGAAACCGGUUCUGAUCGAGAAGCAAACCUCCUGACUUCUGGAAAGAGUGAAGAUCCUGUAGAGUCGUUUCCUCCAGACAGCUCUUCACCAGAAGACCAAAAUGUCCGCACCAAGUCAGAAUCAGUGGAUGGAGACGAGAAGAUGAUCAACAACCCUGAAAGCAUCGUUGAAUUGGCUGGUGAAGAACAUGAUGGAGUUCCUGAGUCCAGAACCGGUUCUGAAAUUAAUGAGGAAACAUCUGCAUCAUCAGCAAACGAUGACGCCAGAGAUCCACCCGAAACCUCGUCAACCUCAAAGAGCCCCAAGCCCUCCAUGACGGAACCAGAGGAGGCAGCUGAGCCAGACGAUGGAGAACCAUCGGAGACCUCUGAAGAAAUCUGCCGAGACGAUGAAGAGUUGAAUGGAGGAAGAGGAGAACCUGAAGAUCCACCGUUACACAUGAAAGAUGAGGUGGAAUUAGCAGAUCUAACCAAAGCAGAAACUGGAGAUACUGGUUCUCCUCCCAAAGAGGAGCAGAAGGAAGCGACUGCUGAACGCCCAGAGCCUGAAGAUUGUCCAAACACUGAGGAGGUAAAAACUUCUCAAGGUCUUCUGGCUGAGCAGGUGAAGGAGUCCAUGGAGGAAGCUGAGGGGGAUGAUUCACCUCCAUACGUUCAGCUGGACAGGGACGAGGACGACGGAGAGGAAGAUGAAGGACAGUCUUUUGAUUUUGAUGACUUGGAUGUGGAAGCAGCUGUUGAAUCUUCUCUGCCCAACAAACUGGAACAGGAAGAUGUUGAGGAAGGAACUGAAGUCAACGGGAAGAGUCCAGAGCUUUGCCAAAGUAACGCGGAGACAAAGACAGAAGAUGGUGAGGAGAAGGUGUCCGAGGAUGACAACAGCAAGAUUGAUCAGCCUUCAACUCAAAACGACCUGCCGUGUGGAGACAACACACCUGAAAAGGUUGAAAAUGUUCCAGAGAACAUCGAGCAGAAAACGUCCUCAACAGUUGAGGACGGGUUAGAUGCCACCGAGGUGCCUUCAGAUCCACAAAAGACUCCAGAACAAACCGAUGGCGCCAAAGAGGCACCGCAGGUGGGGAAAGACCCAAAGAAGAAGAAAGGCAAAGGAAAGAGUAAAGAGGACUGUAAGAUGUCUUAGUUGGUCUGGGACAACAGGGUCCAACACUCAGCAGGACGGGUCUAAAAUGGACCACAUGCACACCAGUGAUGGUUCAGUUUGCAAAGAGCUGGAACAUCUAGAAACUGAUCGGUACUGGCUACUGAAGCAACCAGAGGCGGUGCUAGCAGCACUUCAUGGAGUUUGACGUCACAGUGACCCGAUGGUGGAACCAGAGAAUCCACUCGCUGUUUCAUUGGUACCGUGUUUCAGAACCAGAGAAAUCUGCUUCUAUACGAUUCAGUAAGAAUAAAAACAAGAUUCUGUUCGUUCAGGACGCUUCAUACAUCUCUAGAAACACAAGAGCAGAACUUCCACCACAUCGCACACCAAUACUGUAGCCACGCCCACUUCAGAUUUUAGACCAGUUGCAAACUCCCAGAUCAGAUCUGCAAACAAACACCUUUGGAGAAAGAACAAAUGUCCUGGUUCUUAUGGAGUAUUUCCAUCCCUUUGGGAUGGUGGCUGACGGCGAAACACUGGGAAAACAUGAAUGAAACUCCGAAACACGAAAAAGGGAAAAUAAAAAAUGAUGCAAAUAGCAAAAACAGCAGGCAGUAUAAAAUGCUGCAACCUGGUUCCACAAACAGAAGUCCUCCAGACCACUAGGGGGAGUCUGGAGCAGGUAAUAUUACCUACAGAAAUAUGCUGCUUAUCUGUAAAUGAUGUGAAGCAUAACCGACCUUUUCUGUCUUCCUCCAACUUUCUUCUGGACUUUACUGAGGACCCAGAUGAUUUGGUGACCGACUCCCCCUGGUGGUCUGGAGGACUAAUGUUUCAUGGAGCCAGUUUGCAGCAUUUUGAACUUGUGUUGUUUUUACCAUUUGUGGCAUUUUCCCUUUAUCUCCUGUGGUUGCAGCGUUUUCUGUUGUUUGAGAGUUUGUGUCAGUCAUGUGAAUGCUGACACACCAUCACAUGUGGGUUUGCACCAUCAGACCUCCUGCAAACCCACAGUCAAACUCCCUGAAGUUCUGCUGAGUUCUGGCUGAUCCAUCCCAGACCAACCAGCUGCUCGGUUCACCGUCUCUGGUCUGCAUGUGGCCCAAACCACAGAAAAACUGUUACACAGCGAUGUGGCGUAAAACGCCCUCUGCUGGAGAGUUGAGCUCUCUACAAGUUGUCAGAAUAUUUAAAGUCCUCUCGGCACUUUGAUGUUUUCCUGUACGAACUGAAUGCAAGAGAUGUUGAGUGACCAGAACUGUUCAUCUCUGGUUUAUUGAACUGAUAUCAUGUUUACCGUCUUCCUGCCUUCAUGGUGUAACUGUAAACAUUCAGGCCAAAGCAGCUUCUCCGUGUUUUUCUCUGUUUAGAGCAGAUCAGACUCUUAGCUUCCCUCUGGAGUUCAGAAUGACUUUCAUUUUGUUUGCAUCUUGUUGCACUAAACCGUUAAAUCCUGCUGUUAGCGUUGCUCUAAAUAAACAUCUACUGAAACUUUUUAA